GCAAGGCGAGGGAAGGCAGAGAGAGAGAGAGAGAGAGAGAGAGAGAGAGAGAGAGAGAGAGAGAAAGUGAGCGAUCCUUGAGAAAGGAAGGCGCUUUUCAAGAGUCUGCGAAGCGAAACCAUCGGACGGGAGUGACCCUCGCAAGCCUGCGAGAUUUUGUAAAAAGCUACCGCGACUCACCGGACCAGGAGAUCCGCUCGACUCCCAGCAGCUCCGCGCAGCUUUUUGCAAGUGUCGUCCGCUCCAGAAGGUAGUAGUCCGAGCAUGUUGGCAAGGAUGAGUCCCAGCAGCGUGGCCUUGGCGCUCCUCUUGGUGCUCUUUAGCCCGGAAGUGUCCAGCCAGGACUGCAGCGGCCAGUGCCAAUGCCCGUCGGCGCCUCCGCAGUGCCCGCCUGGGGUCAGCCUGGUGCAAGACGGCUGCGGAUGCUGCCGGGUGUGCGCCAAGCAGCUGGGAGAGCUGUGCACCGAGCGGGACCCCUGCGAUCCCCACAAGGGGCUCUUCUGUGACUUCGGCUCCCCGGCCAACCGCAAGAUCGGCGUAUGCACCGCCAAGGACGGCGCCCCAUGCGUGUUCGGGGGCAUGGUGUACCGGAGCGGCGAGUCCUUCCAGAGCAGCUGCAAAUACCAGUGCACUUGCCUGGAUGGCGCGGUGGGCUGUGUCCCUCUCUGCAGCAUGGAUGUCCGUCUCCCCAGUCCCGACUGCCCCUACCCACGGAGGGUGAAGCUCCCCGGGAAGUGCUGCGAGGAGUGGGUAUGCGAUGAGCCCAAGGACAAGGAGCAGACUGCAGUUGGACCUGCUCUUGCUGCUUACCGACUGGAAGAUACCUAUGGCCCUGAUCCAUCCAUGAUGCGUGCCAACUGUCUGGUCCAGACCACUGAAUGGAGUGCCUGCUCAAAGACAUGCGGAAUGGGCAUCUCCACCAGAGUCACCAAUGACAAUGCCCACUGCAGACUAGAGAAGCAAAGCCGACUCUGCAUGGUGAGGCCAUGUGAAGCAGACCUGGAAGAAAGCAUCAAGAAGGGCAAAAAGUGCAUUCGUACUCCCAAGAUCUCUAAGCCAAUUAAAUUCGAGCUGUCUGGCUGCACCAGUGUGAAGACAUACCGAGCCAAGUUCUGCGGCGUCUGCACUGAUGGCCGUUGCUGCACCCCACACAGAACAGCCACUCUCCCAGUGGAAUUCAAGUGCCCCGAUGGUGAGGUCAUGAAGAAGAGAAUGAUGUUCAUCAAGACCUGCGCAUGCCAUUACAACUGCCCUGGGGACAAUGACAUCUUUGAAUCGGUGAACUACAGGAAGAUGUAUGGAGACAUGGCAUAAGGCCCAAAGGGGGACUUUGAAACCUGACCAUCAACUUGAACUGAUAAUUGCAUCUCAUUUUGUAAAACAUGAUUCAAUAGCACAAGGUAUUUAAACGUCUGUUAAAGAAGGAAGCAAGGACAAACUCCUCCAUGUGACAUAAGACAAAACUAUUUCCUGACCCCAAACAUUGGUUUGAAGGAAAACAAAUAAUAAGAUAGAGAGCGAGGGACCACAGCUAAAUUGUGCCUCAGAAUAGAGUAUAGGGAUGGUGAUAUAUAAGAAUUACGUAAGGGGACAUGUGCAGUCUUGAGCAACAUUUUCAUGGUGUGGUAGCAUGUGUCCCACCAAAUCGUGCAAUCCAAAAGACCCUUAGCAAGGUGACUGACGUGGAUUUCCAUGCCAGUAACAUCUGGACUGGAAAUUCUGACCCAGCUCGGUGCUAAGACAUCGUGCUCUUUAAGAAUGGCAAUAUUUCUGCUUUGAAGUUCUGAUUCAGAUGGUUUGUUCAAAAUGAAUUGGAAUUAGACUGGACAGCUUGUGGCAAUUUGCCUGUCACAAGCUAGAUUUUUAAUUAAUAUUGUAAUAUUACAAUUCUGUAAUACUGUAAAUACUGUAUGUGUGUGUGUGUAUAUAUAUUGUACAGUUAUCUAAGUUAAUUUAAAGUUUUGUUGCCUCUGUUUGUUAAUGCUUUGAUACAUCAGUGUUUGCAUUUUUUUAAUGAUUGAAGGCUUGUCUGAUCCAAAUGCUUUCAUUUGACACAUGAAAUAGAUUCCCUAAUGGCAGUUUUGUUCAGUUAGCUAAAGAGGAGUGGUGAGCUAAAUUGAUGCUUUUCUGAAGAAGCACCAAUAUCCUUUCAAAGCAUUUCGUCAAAUCAAGGAGGGGAAAAUAAGAGUUCUCUCUGCUAUGAUGAACAAGACCUGAAGUGAAAUGUGGGGCUCAUUUGUAGCUGACCAAGCUUUCCACCUGGAAAAAGUUUGUUACCUAUUGAAGUGUGACCAAAAGUUACAUGUUUGCACCUUUCUAGUUGAAAAAUAAAGUAUUUUAUUUUUUAUAUAAA